AUGGGCCCUCUUGCUGAAUUUAUCAUGCCUAGCGACAUUAGACGAGUUGGUUUUUUAUUAACAUCCACAGUUGUGGACGUCAAUAUAAAUGGGAAGUGGCUAUGGCCACAGGUAUGGUUGGAUAAACUUCCUAGCCUUCUUAACUGUCCUCCUAUUCAUUUAGAUCUGAACCGUGAUGAACUAAUUUUGAAGAAUGAUGAUGUGAUGUUCUCAGCUACAACAGUUUGGGAUUGUAUCAGAUUAAAAGAGAACCGUGUGGGUUGGGUGGAUAUUGUAUGGCUUCCUCAAUGUAUUCCCAGCCUAUGUGUGUCAGAUUAUGAUUCGCAUGGACAUUUGUUCUUCACAUAUAAGUAUGCAGAUAAAGUCUGGUGUGAGGUUAAAAAGGUUGCUAACAUGCAACACCUUUCUUCAAGUUGGGAUUCUAUAGUUCUAUAUCUUCUAUCCAAAGCUAAAUCCAGAUCAAUUUCGAGUGUCUUGGGUAGGCUUGUAGUGGCUGCGAGUGCAUAUUAUAUAUGGCAGGAGCGAAACAAUAGAUUGUUCAAGAACCAUGCUCGACCUCCAGAUAUUCUGGUCAAGACUAUAAAAGAUACUGUGAGAGCUCGUUUAUGGAAGUUGAAGUUCAAGAAGACAGCUCGGGUGACUAGCACACUUGAAGCGUGGGUAUUCGGGGAGAAUUUCUUUUCCAAGAUGGAUGCUAAUUAG